AAAAGUGGUGUAACCGUAGAACGCUGGCAACGAGAAAGCGACGAUGAAGAAGAAACCUCAAAAAGCACCAACAAAUAUGAAAGUGAGCAGGAAUCUAUCGUAAACUUACAUGAAUUGCCAACAGUAGAGAGUAUAUAUGUAGAAUCAAGCGAUGUGAUCAACGACAAAGAACUACUGAGUAGCAGCAAUACCGCAGUGCGGAGAACCCGUCGGCGAUAUUCUAUUGAUAGACUGGAGGAAAAACAAACUUCUGCUGGGUUAAAGAAAAGUGGGCAGGUGAAGACUGAAGAAGAAAAUGCUGCAAGGGAAGAAACAUUCAACACAAAUGCGAAGCACCGACUAUCACGGACCAGUUUCAGUAAAGUUAAAGAAACAUCGUCACAAAUGUCAGUUUCAAGUCAGCGUCAAUCUGAAGAAACUUUAUCCUCUGGAAAAGCAGCAUAUAAGGUGAAGGAGGAAAGAAAAAAAGAAGCUAAAAAAAAUUACGACAUUUGGAAAGAGCGAAUCGAUGAAGCGACUCGCGAACGAAAAAGGAGAGAAAAGGAGGAAGCGGAAAAAUUAAAGAAGGAAAAAGAGGAGGAAAAAAGAAGGAAAAACGAGGAAGCAAGAAAGACGUUUGAAGUGUGGAAAAACGAUCGGUUACAUCGACUAAUGGCUGAAAGAAAGGAACGAUUACAAUACGAAGAAAGGGAGAGACUGAAACGGAAGCAAGAAAGCGAAGCGAAAUAUAGUGAAGCACAAAAAGCAUUCACUGCCUGGUGUCCUUUCCGCACUGCUGCAAGGGACGCUGGAUGCUGGGUGCGGGCCCCGGGCGUGGGGACUGGAGGCAGAGAAGGGGGUUGGUUGGGCAAAGUAAAGGAAGGGAACAAGGACACAAGUCAGGAGUUUGAAGCAAAAGCUGUGGACACAGUGAAAAGAAGGAGAAAAUAA